GGGUGGGAUAAGCGCAGGCGCAGUGAAGUGUGGGGCCUGACCGGUGGCGGCGAUUUUGAGUUGUCCAUCUGAAGCUGGGCGGAAAGGAUGAAAUGGAGGCUUUACUGGAAGCAGUGCAAAACUUUGGCCAAGAUGGUUGCAACAGUGGUCUUACCACCUGUGAGGCUGAAUUGCAAGAGCUGAUGAAGCAGAUUGAUAUCAUGGUAGCCCAGAAAAAGUCUGAAUGGGAAGCACAGUUCCAGUCGGUGGAAACCAGGCUGAAGGUCCGAGAACAGGAGCUCAGUUCGUUUCGAUUAUUGCUUGACCAGAAACAUACAGAGGUGGGAAUAUUACGACAGCAGCUGCAGGACAAUGAAAAGGUUCAGCAUGAUAUGGUGGUGCAAUAUGAAACACAGCUGAACAUAUUUCGGGAAGAGAUUGGGAAAUUGAAGAAAAGCUAUGAGAAAUUGCAGAGACGACAGUUGAAAGAAAAGAGGGAGGAUGUCAAGGAGAGAUCAGAGAAGGAAGGCAUGUCUGAACUUAACAGGUUGAGCAAGAAGGUCGAGGAGUUUCGAGAGAAAUCACUGGAAUGGGAGAAACAGAGGUUUUAUUAUCAACAGCAGGUGGCAUCAUUGGAUGCAGAGAGGAAGCUGCUGGCAGAACAGUGCAAAACUAUUCAGCAACAGACUGUAAAAUAUCAGACUCAGCUCAAUGGUCAGAAACAGCUCAUUGAGCAGACUGAGCUAACCAACCAAUCAGAAAUGCAGCACCUGAGGAGCCAGUUGGAACGAGCCAAUGACACAAUCUGUGUAAAUGACAUGACUAUGGAGAGGCUGAACAUGACAGUGGAUGAACUGAAGGGUGCGAACCAGCAAUUUAAAGAGGGACAGCAACUUUUGCAGGAAGAACUGCAACAAUUGCAGCAACUCAUACAGAAAUCAGUGGAGGAAAAUGAAGAACUAAAGAGUAAACUCCAAGCACAAGAAAAUAUCAUUCGGAGUAAAGAUCUUCACCAGGAGCAACUGUACAAAGAAUUGGUCCGGUGUAAUGAAUUACUGCAAGCGAAGGAGAAAACUGCCAGAUCAUUAGAAGAUAGCUUGCAGGAGCAGCCAUGUAGUGAUAUUUCCCACAGACAGGCUGAACUCCAGCAGGUACCUAUGCAAAUCCAACAAAGCCUGCAAGAGGAUGUGGAUCUCAAAGAAGAAUUCCUGCUUCUUCAGCACAAUUUAGAUUCAUCGAAUGACCGCUGUACAUUUCUGUCUGGAGAAAUUUGCAAAAAAGAUGAGGAGCUGAGACAAAUGGAAAAGGAGCACAGUAGCUGCAAAAUGGACAUUAGAAAGCUUAGGGACCAGUUGAAUUCUCUUGAGCAUCAACGCCACACUGAACUGAAGGAAAUGAAACUGGAGAUUGCCCAAUUGACCACAGAAUUGCACCAGCGUGAUUUAACAAUUGCAACCAUGAGUGCAGCCACUUCCAACAUGGAACGACAGCUUCGGAUUGAAUUAGAUAAAACUGAUAAGAAAGUAAAAGAAGUUAAGAAUUGUUCGAUAACAGACCUUCGUAAUGGCUAUUUUUCAUCUCUGAGGCAACUGGAACAGGAAAACCAGCAGCUCCAAAAAGAAUUGGCUGAUGUGAAAAGCAAGCUGGAGACAUCUGCUAAGGUGUCUCAGGACAGAUAUGAAAAGCUUCUAUUACAGAUACAGAGCAAGCUGACGGAUAUCAGAGAAACGGAGGAUAGGCGAGUGGAGGAGCUCCAGCUUGAACACAAGAAGGAAAUCGAAGAACUUCAAAACAAACUUCGUGAGAUGGUUGCUCACUCUGAAGAGGACAAAUGUGGCUUGCAAAGUCAGGCUCAGUGUUCUGAGUCCAACCUUCACAAUUUAACAGAGGGUCGAGUCACUGAGAGGACCUUUUCCAAGACCAUUCGGAGUGAUUUAUCAGAUGCUUCGCUUUCUGAGUCCUUGCGUGGAGCCACCUCUUGUGUCACUUUGUCUGCAGAUGAAAAUGAAGCAGACUUUUCUGACAAUUUGUCAGCACAGUCUGCCCAUUCACUUCCUAAUGAGCAGUUUCUGCCUUUGAGCCCCAAAAUUGCAUCCACAAAGACAUCGAUUGCAGUCAGGUAUCUCGAGGAAGAGGACAGGAGGUCACAGAAACUUUUACAGCGUCUGGACACGCAUAUUGAGGAACUCAAAACUGAAAGUGAAAGAACUGUUGACAAAUAUGUAUACUCCACUGUGAUGGAAAAGCAAUUCUCAGGCUCCAAAUAAUGAACUUUACUCAGCAUGAGACUGAAUAAAUGGAGCUACUGUUCAUGCUAUCUGGCCUCAGUAAUGGGUGCAUUUUGAUUCCUGGAGCUAUACCUAUUAUGCGUUAGGGUAUACAUUAACCAUUCUUAUCACUUGGUUUCUUAAUAACUUGUGGUAUUGUAGCUUUUUGUUUAUUCAUCCCAAAGUUAUGUAAUCUUGUGGUGUGUAAUCAUGUUAGUCUGCACCAGUACAGCCAGCAUGCUUCACAAAGUGUGUUUGUGCUGUUCUUGGGAGGUAAACAUCAAGCUGUCAAAAAAUCCAACCUCUGCCUAUGAAGGCUUCUAUUUUCAGAGAUGGCUCUGAGAAACCACUCUAGCCCCUACAACAUUUCAACUGUCAAGCUUACAAGGUAAUGGUUACAUCAAUAUUUCUGAGCAAACACACAUGGACCUUUGAAAAUUAGCUGACGUCACUACGUUGAUGCUGUGUUAAGGAUAUUGAAGUGAUCCAACUUUUUCAAUAAUCUGCCCAAAAUGCUGAAAAUUAGUGUUUCUGUUAAAGGAAAGAAGGCAUCAGUUCUCAUCGUGAUUGCUGUAUGUUUGUACAAUGUCAUGGCCAACAAUAACAUACUAAUAAAUUGUGUUUUAAACUUUUUUGUUUAAAUAGUAUUUUCCAUGUCUGAAGUUGUGGUACUUGUUUACAUUUUUGAUGCUGUUAUAAAUAGUGGUGAAUAAAUGCUGCUUAACAGCUUGGUUCAAACUCCAGCUCUCACUGGCAGAGUUAUAUUAAUGUAACUGAAGGAAGGAAACUAAUAAAAUUGUGCUCUGUUUCAGAUCAUGUUUACCUUUUUAGUUAUGUGAAAGUGACAGGUUGUCACUCCAGAGUGGUAAUUUUACUUAGAAGAAUCUGCAUAUUCCUGAAAGGACAAAUCAGUGAAGUGUAGUUUUGUGAAGGAAGCCUCC